UGUAAACAGUCGAUUCGGAAUGCGAUAGGGGCGCGCUCGUGUGUAGGCGCCGCGUUAUAUCGUAGCCGGCUAAUCGCGAACUUUUACUACGAGUGCUACAAAUUGUUUUUCUUUUUUAGAAAAAAAAAAUUCCACACCAAUUUUCAUACACAUUAUAGUGUUAACUUUUUUAUCUAUUAUUCUCGUAGCCGUCGAUAUCACGAACUUUUGAAUAUUUUUAAAAAUAUUUUUAUAAAUUAAUAUCCAAUCGGUAAGUACAAUACUUACUAGAUUUUCAAACUUCAAACUUACUGAAAAUUAUAGUUAGUGUGGUUCUGUGAAAGUUUUGUUUGAAUUGGAUCCGCAAAAUAUAUCAAGGUCUAUAUUUUGGGGUGAUCUCACAAGCGAACAAUACUACAAGCUGUACUAUAGCUACUGACCUACGCCACGUAGAGAUACCAGUGUUAGUAUCAACAAUCGUCUACAAGGGAAGAAAUUACAAAUCCCAAGACAGCAAUAUAAAUCGCUGUUCGAAGACAUUUCGAAGCAAGCAAUGCAUCGAUUUUCGCCCCAAUAAUGCUGUCAUAGCAAGGGUUUCUUGAAAGUAAAAAGAAACAGCAAAAAUGUACAACAUGCAGUCAAUACACGAACCAACCGAGCUCUACGAUUUCAGUACAACUAUGGCCGAUGUGUUGAACACAACAAUGGCGCAUGUACUGAAUGGAACAAACGGGACCAAUGUGGCCGAUCCGAAAGGCAACGGUCUCGGGACGGUGAUGAAGGUGACGCUGAAGGUGGCGUAUGCUCUCGGGAUCAUCGGCAACGCGGCGGCGAUCGUGGCGCUGAGGAGCGGGGAGCGGCGCGUGAGGAACCGGAAACAUCUGCUGCUGCUCACCUCCUUGGCUGCCAACGAUCUGGUCGCGCUGGUGGGCAUGAUGUGCGCGAUGUUCGCGUCGGAGAGCUUCGCGGCGGGCGCGCCCGUGCCGCACUGGUACUGCUGCGCGCGCGUCGUGCUGCGCGUGUUCGGCGUGGGCAGCGUGUGCAUCGCCGUCACCAUGGCGCUGGAGCGCUACCUGGCGCUCACCAGGCCCUUCCUCUACCAGAAGCGAGUGACGUACUACAUGAUCCGCACGGCGCUGCUGGUGUCGUGGCUGUGGGCGGCCGCGCUCACGUGCGCGCCCAUCAUGGGCGUGGGCCUCUACUACGACGCCGCCGCCCACAAGUGCAGGCGGUACCGCGAAGCCACGUCCGGAGUCGACUUCGGUUACGCCGUCUUCUACGUUAUGUUUGGGACGUUCCUGUGCGGGGUGCUGGUGUACUGCAACCUGGCGGUGAUCCGCGCGCUGUACGCCAUCACGGCGCCGCGCAGUGGCGGGCCGCCCGUCGUGCGCCGCGUGUCCAAGCGCAGCUGCCGCCAGCGCGCCGCCAACGGCCACGCGCACCACAACGCCGCCACGGCCGAGGAGGUCGCCUUCAGCCGCCUGAUGGCCACGCUCUCCGUGCUCUUCAUGGUCUGCUGGCUGCCGCAAAUGGUGACUACGAUGCUGUACCUGACGAUGAAGGAGAGGAGGUGGAUGAGCAGCAUGAGCAAGCUGUCGGACGCGCUGAUGCUGCUCAACUACGUGCUGGACCCCGUGCUGUACGUGCUCAUGCGGCAGCGGCGGCAGGCGUCCGUGGCCACGCUGUGCCACUCCAUUGCGGACUGCUUCAAGAGGAACCACAAAACAUCAACGGAGUCCAUGAAGACCUCGUGCUGCCCGCAGGAGACCGUCGUCGUCAGCGACAGCUCCGGCGCAGAGAUGCGACCGCUGCGCGCGCCCGUCUGCGCCGCCAUCAAGUUCGACGACUGACCGACGCACGUCGCGGCCGGCGUCGCGACUGGCGACGCGACCGGCGGCGCGACCGGCGACACACGCAGAACAAGCCGCUCCGCCAUACGUGUAGAUAAGCAUACGUGCAUCGAAACUGCUAUCUACUUCUAACUAAAAAUAGAUAUUAGAUACCGAUAGACAAAGUUCAGACGGUCAAUAAAUGUCGCGUUUUGUGUAUUACUCAUGAUUCAGACACAAAUUCAGGAUGCUCCUACAAUUAAGUAGAACGUUCUUUUUACAUUCAUCACCUCAUAGAAGAUUAUGAAACACAUUACUUCUACACACAUUAGAAAGUAAGUACUAAUUGUUUCAAGUUGUCAAGUACUUAUCUCAAACAACAGUAGUUUUAUGCUAUUUUACAAAAUACUUUUUACCGUCAUGAUUGUCUCAGAUUUGCAACUUUUUUUUAUCAGAAUCGCAAGUGAAAUCAAAGAGUCAGAGCUUUAUAGUAGUUUUAUAGGUAACAUAAGUAAUUCAUAGUCAUAUUUUUGUACAAAACUAGUGUAAGACAUUAAUUAGAUGGAAAAACUUAUAAGUAAUAUUAUCUAGUCUAAGGUGUUUUUAAGACGUCUUGAAACUUAUAACUUGUAAGUACAAUGUUAUAACUAAGUCAAACUUCUUAUAAACGUGAAUAACUCUAAUAAAUAAAAGUACCCACUCGCUGUAUCAAAAUUUUAUCAUAAUCAUAAUUAAUUUUUCAUUGCAAAUUCACGUUUUACAAUAGGUGAUACAAAAGUUUUCAGUGUUAAAAGUAAAGUGUUAAAGUUUAGCGAUCUAAAAUUUAAAAAAGUGAAGUAGGUUAGGUAUCUACUUGUGUAUUGUUGAUAAAUAGGUAACUAAUUAUAAUUUUUAAUUAUUUAAAAAGAUCGUAGUACCUAGGUGUACCACAGUUUAU